AUGGUGAUCCUAAUGAUGUCAUUUAUCUCAACGAUGAAAGGUGAGCGCACUAUAACUGCAAAGACGCCUUUGGGCACUUCAAUUCUCGAUGGUGACGAUGUUGCUCUCUGUCGCUUUUUCGACAGUCAAGGUACUCUCCAUUUUGACGCUGCACAAGAAGCCGUAGACGGAAGUAGCGGAUCUGUGCAUCCACAGCCUAACAUGCAUCCUGCUGCUGGAGAUUCUCCUUACGAAAGUUCUCCAUUGCAAAGCUGUGACGUACCGCAAAAUGGUGCUGAUCCUGAGCACUUUACUCCUCUGCCAUCCGUUGCUCUCCCAUCCUCAGCUGGUAAAAGUUGCCUUCGAAGCAAACCGCCGCAGGUCUUCGUCGAACAGCCUCCACUUAUCGGCAGGAGUGUACCUCCUCCUGCUCCUGGAGCUUCUCGUAAUACG